CCAGAAGCGAGGAUGUUCCUUGAAAUAAAGUGGGAUAUUGCAGUUCUACAACAGUGAGCUUAACACAGUUUCCAGGACCUUUAGUAAUAUGAUAAAUGGCUCAUUUAAAUUGGGAGCUACUAAAAUACUUUCUGGUUGGCAAAUGCAGUGCCUAGCAGCAGCCGUUAAGGACGAACCAAACAUGAGUGGAGGAGGGGAACAGGUCGACAUUCUGCCGGCCAACUAUGUGGUCAAGGACCGCUGGAAAGUGUUAAAGAAAAUUGGUGGUGGGGGCUUUGGUGAGAUUUAUGAAGCAAUGGAUCUUCUGACCCGAGAGAAUGUGGCCCUGAAGGUGGAGUCAGCACAGCAGCCUAAACAGGUCCUCAAGAUGGAGGUGGCUGUCCUGAAAAAGCUGCAAGGGAAAGACCAUGUCUGUAGAUUUAUUGGCUGUGGAAGGAAUGAGAAAUUUAACUACGUGGUCAUGCAGCUUCAGGGCCGGAAUCUUGCAGACCUCAGAAGAAGUCAGCCCCGAGGGACUUUUACAUUGAGCACAACCCUUCGAUUAGGCAAGCAGAUUCUAGAAUCUAUAGAAGCCAUUCACUCAGUGGGAUUCCUACACCGGGACAUCAAGCCUUCCAAUUUUGCCAUGGGUCGCCUACCUUCAACCUACAGGAAAUGCUACAUGUUAGACUUUGGUCUGGCUCGGCAAUACACCAACACCACUGGGGAAGUCCGGCCCCCUCGCAAUGUUGCUGGUUUUCGGGGAACAGUCCGCUAUGCUUCAGUGAAUGCACACAAAAAUCGAGAGAUGGGUAGACAUGAUGACCUGUGGUCCCUCUUUUACAUGUUAGUGGAGUUUGCAGUUGGCCAACUUCCAUGGCGCAAGAUCAAAGAUAAGGAGCAAGUUGGCAUGAUAAAAGAGAAAUAUGAACAUAGAAUGCUGCUAAAACACAUGCCUUCUGAGUUUCACCUCUUUCUGGAUCAUAUUGCAAGCCUAGACUACUUCACCAAACCAGAUUAUCAGCUGAUCAUGUCUGUAUUUGAGAACAGCAUGAAGGAAAGAGGCAUCACUGAGAAUGAAGCCUUUGACUGGGAGAAAGCUGGUACGGACAUUUUAUUGUCAACAAGCACCUCUACUCCACCACAGCAGAACACCAGGCAGACAGCAGCCAUGUUUGGAGUUGUUAAUGUUACUCCAGUCCCUGGAGACUUGCUUCGAGAGAACACUGAGGAUGUCUUACAGGGUGAACACCUGAGUGACCAAGAGAAUGCUCCCCCCAUUCUGCCUGGCCGGCCAGCAGAAGGUCUGGGACAGGCUCCAAACAUCGCCUUCAAUGAGGCUGAAGUUUGGGAGGAGACAGAUGUGAACCGCAACAAACUCAGGAUCAGCAUCAGCAAAACUCACUGCAUGGUAGAUGAGGAACAGAGAAGUGGCGUUUGCCCCAGCUCCCCAAUCCGAGUCCCUCCAGAAUCUCCAACUGCUCAAGUACGCUCUUUGAGAUACCGUCGUGUAAACAGCCCUGAGUCAGAGCGUGUGUCCACAGCUGAUGGGAAAGCAGAUCUGCAUGAGAGAAGAUCUCGAGUGGAUUUACCUGGUUCUCCUUCACGACUAGUCUGUUCCUCCCAGCCAGCGCAGAUGCUAUCCAUUGACACUGGCCAAGCAGACCGGCAGGCAAGUGGUAGGAUGGAUGUUUCUGCGUCAGUAGAACAUGAAGCCCUCAGCAAUGCUUUCCGCUCAGUGCCCCUGGCAGAGGAGGAGGAUUUUGAUAGUAAAGAGUGGGUUAUCAUUGACAAGGAGACUGAGCUGAAGGACUUUCACCCAGGUGCUGAGCCCAGUACUUCGGGAACUACUGAUGAAGAACCUGAGGAGCUGAGACCCAUUGAAGAGGGUGAGGAGAGGAGGCGCUUGAGCACAGAAGCUGUGGUCAGGCCAAAGAUCCAUGAAGGGAAAACACGGAGUAUGCAGCCUGUGACUGAGGAGGACAGUUCACACAGGCACGAAGGACUCUCUCAAACAGUGUCUGACAGUAAACAUGAACAGCAGCCUGGAAGUCCUGCUCAGUCCCCACUACACAUAGCACCAGCUAUCCGACAGCGGAGGCGGGAAUCCGAGCCCACUGGUCCACAGAGACAGAUGUAUGCUCUGAAGCCUUUUGAAAUGAAUGGUCUGCCCAAGACAGUGCCUUUAAGUUUGCCUUAUGAAAACUUCAAAAAGGAUGUAUCAGACUAUAGGGAAAAGCCUAGGAUCCUCCAACGGAUAAAGAAAGUUGACUUCUCAACUGUUGUCUUGACUGCUCCUUACAAAGCCGAACCACAUCUAGAAAUGAAUGGAAGAUGUGAAGAAGAAGAAGGGGAAGAGGAGGAGGAUGAUGCUGGUUAUUUAGGAGAAGAGGUUGACAUGCACAGUGGCUCCAGCAGUGAUGUGAGUCAGAAGAGCACAGAGCACAGUCAGGAAGGUGCUCCAUCUACCUUGUUGGCAGAUGACCAGAAGGAGUCCAAAGGUCGAGCUUCCACUGCAGAUGGUGAUUUGGAACUGGAGGAAGGCUCAAAAACACUUGUGUUGUUUUCACCUGGUGACUUGAAGAAAUCGCCUGUUACUGCAGACUUGGCUCCAGAAGUCGAUCUAGGGACUCUUGCUGCAUUAACACCUCAGAGCGAGCGGCCACAACCCAUGGGUAGUCAGCUGGAUGUAUCAGAGCCAGGGACUCUGUCCUCAGUCCUUAAAUCAGAACCAAAACCACCAGUUGCAGUGGCUACUACUUCCUCCCCAUUUACCAAAGUUGAGCGCACAUUUGUUCAUAUUGCUGAAAAGACCCACCUAAAUGUAAUGUCCAGUGGCCAGCUGGUGAGGCAUGAUGAUUACUGCCCUCCCAGCCAGUUUGAAGAGAUCAUCAUUGAGAAGGAGCUGGAAGAAAAUCCUGUAUUGGUAGAAAAUGGGACUUUGCAUUCUGGUUUACAAGGUGCAGAGACAGCUUUCUCAGCUAACCAUGUUGAAACAACCUCAGAGAUGGCAGGAGAACAACCAUCACUUCCUAAUGGUGUAGCCAAGCUUCAAGAGGAGUGUAUCAAGCUCAAAGAUAAAGUGGAACUUGCACAGGAUUUGGAAGAAACUGGUAAACUUAUUUCUGAAGAGACAGUCCUUGAAAAAACAAUUCCCGUAGCAGAGAACCUCCAUGAAGCACCAAAGCAAGGCCCCAGGAAGUUGCUGGGCUCCAGAUACAGAAGCCGGAUUCCCAUCUUGUUCUCAGAAGAGGACACUGGCUCAGAGCUUUCAGCCUCUCUCUCGGGCAAAGAAAGACUUCAUAAGAGGUCAAAACAUCCAGACUUAGCUCGCCUAGUGAUGGAGAAGAGGCAGAACCGUCUCCUCAGACUGGUUUCUGGGGCAUCCUCCUCAGCAUCCUCUAGUGAUGAGAGGCACCGGGCCUCAGAGACCCUGUCAGCCACUGGCUCUGAAGAAGACAUGCAUGACUCUGAUGACUCCAUCCCAAGAAAAGCAGAGGAGGAGAAAGUUCCCUUUCUGGGUAGGGAAGAAAAAACCUUAAGCACGAAGAGCAGAAUCCCUCGCCCCAUUGCACCCGUGAAGACACCACCAAUGACAAUAAAGUUUUGUAGCCCAUCAGCAGUUGCACCACUAAUACCAAGGAGCUCCCCACUAGAUACUGCUCUCACAAGCAGGCUUCAUGCACAGGGACCAACUGGGAGUGUGUCCACUGACACCCGAACAAAGCAGAUGCAAAACUGGCCUCCUUCCUCACCAAGUCCUGCUCCUCCUCCCCGGCGAAGCAGCCCCAGGACAGCCAUCUGUGGUCCCCCUAGGAGUCCUGUCCUUCCCCCCCAAAAUCUCAAUGCUUCCCCCAAAAGCCAGGUGUCCAGAAAGGAAAGUCCUUCACCAUCUCGGCAGCAUAGGUCAGGGACUGCCAUUCAGCGAGUUCAACCUCCUCCCAGGUCCCAGCCCAGAGUCCAAACAGGGGGUUUGAAAGGAGAUGCUCCAACAUCCCAGGGCACAGCCAGAAAAGGACAAAGAGGGAAAACCCAGACUGAGAGCCCAACAACCAAAGGAAGGCAAAUGUCCAUGGAAGGCAAGGCCGCUACCAGAUAAUGGUCUUCUGCUGCCAACCCAUCAGGCUUGGUAACUUUUACCUAUAGUAUACACUUGAGAUGCUGCAGCACAGCCUUACAUGCCAGAACCACAAGUGUAUAGCAAAUAGCUGUACUUCAGUACUUCACACACUCUCAUGCCAUCGCGAUACAGCUCCUACGGGGCCUCUGAGCCAUGGAGUCUCUCACAGGGGAAUCAUCCAGGCCACAGCUCACGCUUGCUAUUGCAAAGCACCAAGCAGUGACUCAGGCAGCCUGCCGAGUGCCUGACCCUCAUUUGUCCCUCUGUAGUAUCCUUUCUCAGUUAGCAAUAUCAGUCACCAAUACCAAGUGCUGAUACUUUAGCUUUUGAAACAGGUGCAAAGAUUAUGGGAGCAGGUGCUACAUCCACCUGGAGGAGUGGGCUCCUGAACUGGAGGUGGCUCCCCCACAUCUUUGUGUUUCUCUGGGGAAGUGUUCCUCUCAUGCUGUGCUAUACCUGAUCAUUGACAGCAAUGGUUACAAUCAAAUGUCUCAACAGCUAAGCUGCUUCAGAGUAGCAUGAAUUAACCUCUGUCAUAAUGAGUCCAGAGGAGAGGAGUGGCCCAAAACUUGCUUCCAUUUCCAGGGAGUUCUAGUUAGCAAGUCAGAGAAGCAGACUGGAGAGGGUGUCCUUGGGGUGAAACCCUGCUGUACAUGAUAAGCUCCCAGUUGCUCCAGUGUGUCCUACAGAAGAGGAAGCCUGGCACUGCUGCUCAAUGUCCCACCCCUAAAACAACACUUCUGUUGCUGCAGGUGAAUUAGUGCUGAAGCAGACUGCAUUGACAGCUUGCAAGGGACCCAAGGGCUUCUGCUGACUGGCAUAAAGGGAUCAGAUUGCAACCACCUUUGUAUUUAACACCAGACUGUGACUUGGGGAGGCUACAGCCCCCAGUAUGCAGGGGUCCCUCUGGAGCUGAAGAGGUUUCAGUACAGCUGUUCCCAUAGUCCCUACCAGCUGUAGCUCUUUGUUAAAGAUAUGGGUGGCCACUGGAUCCCUCUAGCUUAGGUGCUAUUGCAUCUAAAUGCCUUGUGUUCUAUAGUCACGCUCCUGAUGUUUGUGAAUUUGGCAGUAUGACUCUAAAUUACCCUUCAAAGUAGGAUGUGGGGGUGAUUAUUGUACUAUAUACCUGAAAGCUGCUGAUUUGUAGGCAGGGAUUUUCUGGCACCUGGUGGGCAUCCUGUUAAUUUCUUCUAAACUAGGGUACAACCAGCUGAUUCUGGGAGGAUUGAUUUCUUUCUCUUCCAGGUUUUGAGGGGAAACCAGCAGUGCAGAAUGGAUUAAGGGCCAUGGCCAUGCAGUUGUGUUCAGAGCAAAAUAUUGGUUCUCAUUUAAAGACAAAACAAACAAACAAAAUUUUUAGCCCUCAGGGUUGAGAAGAAAGUGUGGACAUGUGACCAGAGUAUGACUGAUAGAACAAUGCCUGUCUGAGUUGCAGAGUAACUGAGAUAAUUAGUGAGGGGGGCAAAAUGAUCCAUGCAUCUCCAUUUAGGGGGAAACUCCCCAAGCUCUGUUGGUUAGGUUGCCACCUCAGUACUGCCCAGCAGUGGACUUAGUGUGGCAGAUCAAAAUAACAGUGGGCUCUGUCCACCUGCUCCUGCAAUUGCACCUUGCAGUUGUGGUAAGUAUUUGCAGAUGUCAUGAAGACUAGAGCUGGGACUCUGUCUUGCAUGAAAAAACUGGACGCAUUUGAGGAGCACACUUUUAGAACUGUCAAAUGCAAGGCCAUAUAUUUCUAGGAAACAAAGUAAUUCACACUUCUAGGAUGUGAAGUGAUAGAAAGUGACUCUGGGACUGUGAUGCAGUGGUUAAGAAAGAUAACACACUUCUUGGGUAUGUGGGGAAUAUCCAGCAGAUGUAUGGGAUGGGAUUACCUCUCUAGCAUUAGCUGUGUUACUGGCACCCAGUAUUGUGUUGUAUGUCCCAAUAUUUGGUGUUUUUCUUCAAGCUCCUACUCAAAUUGUGAGAAUCACAGAUUCAAGUAUGUUUCUAACCUUCCUGAUUUCAGAGAAAAACCAAAAACUGUGCUAAAUGUAGCAUACGGACUGAGAAACCAGAAGGUCAAGGGAAAAGCUGACAUCUAUUAUUUCUACAAAUGUGAAUUUUAUCCAGUAUCUUUGAGAAUUGGGGGGGGGG